GAGGAGCCGGACUGAGCCUGGACGAGAACCAGCGUUCAGCAGCGGAUUCAGAGUUACGCGGAUGGACCGACGCAGGCGGCUCUGUUGUCAGGGCCGAGCGGCUGCCGAGUGACCCCGAAGAGGCUCUGCAGCCAGAUCAGUCCUGUGUAGACUGUCACGCCUCUCAGGUUGGACCAUGAAUAAACAACCGAGCAAGGAGAGUCUGAAGGACAAGGUGAAGGGGAUCUUUGGGUUGGGACCCCCGCGGCCACCGAGCAAACAGAGUGAAACUCGACCCUCAGAGUUCAUCAUUACAACUGACAUCAUCAAGGAGCUCCACCCGGACUGCGGUCUUAGCAACCGUGUUCGCAUGAUGAACCACGUCUGUGAUCUUGCCAAAACAAAGAAAUUUGAGGAACAUGCGGUGGAGGCCUUAUGGAAAGCUGUGGAGGACAUGCUGACUCCAGAGCAGCCACCUGAGGCCAGACAUGCUGUCCUGCAACUGCUGAGGGCCAUUAUACACGGACAGGGGGAGCGGCUCGGGCCUCUGAGAGCCUACUUUUUCAACGUGAUCAGAGACUACCAGCCGUGCGGUGAGGACCUUUCUGAUAGGCUGGAAGUCUUCAAGGCCUUAACCGAGAACGGGAAAGACAUCACUUACCUGGAAGAGGACAUAGCACACUUUGUCCUCCUGUGGAUGGACAUCGGUCUCACCUCUGACUUUCUCCAUGUUCUCGUAAACCUGGUGAAGUUCAACAGCUGCUACCUGGACCAGAAUGUCUCCACCAUGGUCCAGAACAUCUGUCUCCUGUGCAAUAGAACAACUUCUUCAACAGAUAUUGAGGUGGCACUACAAGUACUGGAUGCAGUGGUGUGUUACAACUGCCUGCCCUCGGACUCUCUCACUGUCUUCAUCAUCACACUCUGUCGUACUGUCAACGUCAAGGAGUUUUGUGAAUCCUGCUGGAAGUUGAUGAGGAAGGUGCUGGGGACUCACCUCGGCCACAGUGCCAUUUACACCAUGUGCCGCAUAAUGGAGGAGAGGGUGUACAUGGAGGACGCACCGUUGCUGAGAGGAGCUGUGUUCUUUGUUGGGAUGGCGCUGUGGGGGCACAGACUCAAUGCCCUUAAAAACACGCCGACUCUUGUUCUCCCGUCUUUCUACAAGGCCAUGUCGUGUGCCAAUGAGGUGGUGUCCUAUGAAAUCGUCCUCUCGAUCACCAGACUGAUCAAGAAGUACGGCAAAGAGCUGCAGGUGGUCACCUGGGACAUCCUGCUGGGAAUCAUGGAGCGACUGCUGCAGCAGAUCCAGACGAUCGGCAGUGCGGAGUUGAAGGCCAUCGUGUACGAGCUGCUGACCACAGUGGAGGAGCUGUACGAGCAGAACAGCUACCACGGCUCCACGGAGAAGUUCUUCAGUCUGGUGGAGAAAUGUGCCGACAAGAGACCCGAUGCGUCGGUGCUGACCCUCAUCUCGUACCGGGCCCAGUCCAUCCAGCCAGCCAAGGACGGCUGGAUUCAGAGCCUUCACCGCCUCAUGGAGAAGUUCUUCAGGAACGAGACUCGCAGCGUGAUACGGAUCAAAGUGCUUCACAUCCUGUCCUUUGUUCUCAGUACCAACCGACAGCUUUACGAGGAUGAGUUGAUAGAAAUGGUGGUGGUCCCCCAGCUCAGUGCGAUAGCUGAAGACCGAGACCUUGCUGUCCGAAAACAGGCCACCCAGCUCCUGGUGGACCUCGCUGAGGGCUGCAACACGCACCACUUCACCAGCCUGCUGGACAUCAUUGAGCGGGUGUCAAAUCGCUCUCUGCUGUGUUCGGGGCCCCUGGAGGUUUCUGAGCGAGACCCCACAGCAGAGUCUCCUGUGGAGGACGUCAGGACUGCUAUACUGGGCCUGCUGGAAAUCCUGCAGAGCAAGCUUUACAGCCUACCAGCCGGUCACGCCAGUCGAGUGUAUGAGUUGCUUAUCGGCCACCUGCAGCUCCACUACAAGAAUAAGUACAUUUCAGCUAUCGCUUCCAGUAUUAGACUACAGGUGUUUGACUUCUUCCUGAUGAUGCGAGCAGACUCUCUUCACCGCCUCGGAGUCCCCAACAAAGACAAAGCCAUACGGUUCAGUCCUUACUGCUACUGUGACACCGGGGAGCCUGAGAAGCGUGCGAGUGAAAAAAAGUCUGCAGGUCCAACGUCUCCUCCUGCUGGCAGCCCGCCGCCCCCCGCUGCUCCUCCUGCUUCAACGGGCUCGAUACGCGCGGCCUACCUGCCCUACGCACCGGCCUUCAAUGUGCUGCUGCAGUGCCUCAAGAUGGAGACCGAUUGGAAGGUCCUGAAGCUGGUUCUCGAAAAACUUCCCAUGGCGCUGCAGUACAAAGUGCUGCUGCUCACGUCCCCUUGCAGCUUGGACCAGCUCUGUUCUACACUCUGCUGCAUGGUGACGGAUCGACAGAUCUCGGAGCGUCUGAAGAAGACCCCGGAUGUAUUCUCUCGCACUGAAGUUCAGUUGGCGGUGGUUCCUGUCCUUACAGCGAUCACCUCCUACCACAACUACCUGGAGCAGUUGAGACAGAGAGAACUGGUUCAGUGCCUCGAGACCGGCCUCAUUUACCGCUGUGCCAAGCAGUGCGUGGUGGCUCUUAUGAUGUGCACCGUGGAGAUGCCUGACAUCAUGAUCAAGCUCCUCCCCGCUCUAAUCGUCAAGCUCACCCACAUCUCUGCAACUGUUGCCAUGGCCUCGCCUAUGCUGGAGUUCCUCUCCACUCUGGUACGCCUUCCCCAUCUGUAUGCCAACUUUGUGGCUGAGCAGUACGUCAGCGUGUUUGCCAUCUCGCUGCCCUACACUAACCCUUCCAAGUUCAACCAGUACAUCGUGUCUCUGGCCCAUCAUGUGAUCGCCAUGUGGUUCAUACGCUGCAGACUCCCCUUCCGCAAGGACUUCGUUCAGUACAUCACGAAGGGUCUGCGCUCCAACGCUCUGAUGCCAUUCGACGACGGUCACGGGCAAAGUUCCUUUCGCGCUCGAAGCACCAGCCUCAACGAGAGGCCCAAGAGUCUGCGAGCAGUGAAAGUGGCAAAGGCGGCAGCAGCGGUAGCCAAUAGCAGCAGCUCUCCGGUUAAAGAGCUGAGGGAUCUGUCAGCCAUGGAUGCAUUCCGCUCCCGCAGCAUCAGUGUCUCCGAACACGCGGUCCGCAGGAUGCAAACCUCGACCACCACCUCCAGUCUGGGCUCCGCCGAUGAAAACGCGGCGACUCAGGCGGACGAGGGGCUAAAGACCGUCCACCUGGAGCUCACGGAGACCUGCCUGGACAUGAUGGCACGAUAUGUCUUUUCCAACUUCUCCGCCCUGCCCAAGAGGUCUCCCAUCGCAGAGUUCCUUCUGGCGGGCGGUCGCACUAUGACCUGGCUGGUGGGCAACAAGCUGGUGACCAUAACAACCGGAGGAGGGAUCAGAGCGCAAGCGCUGCUGGGCCUGGACAUCGCUGAACGCCUGGGAGGAGGAGGGGAAAUGACGAGGUCCGAUCCGUCGCUCCACACCCGGAUCACCAAAGAAGCUCCGGCCAAACUGGAGUCGCAGACGAGCCAACAGCACAACAGAGCCACGCGCAUACGGGUCCGCUCCAUGUCAGGUGGCCACGCUCUUCGUUCCGGUCCCGCUCAGAGUCUCAGUCCUCUGGUGUCCCCCUCUGAGGGGGAGUUGGCCGCUCCACUGUCUCCCCCCUCGGUUUCCACCCUGGAUGGUCUGGGUCCUCCCUCUUCCACCUCCGCCGCCCCGUCUGCUCCCCCUCCUCUCAAAGACAAACCCAGUCUGGCUGAGUUCAUCCCCAUGCUCACACAGGGCUGGGCAGAGAUCUUCAUACGGAGACCGUCUGGUAACACAAGCUGGCUGAUGUGUCUGGAGAACCCGCCCAGUCCCUUCUCCUCCGAGCUCGGCAACAUGCCGCUGCAGGAGCUCUCCACCGUCCUCAUGGCCAUGGAUGGCGUGAAGGAGCGUCCCGGCCAGACGGCCAGCGCUCCGGCCAGCUCCGCUGCGCCAGCGCCGCCCGCCGAGCCGCCGACCCAAACGCACAGCAACGUCGGAGGGAAGGCAAACCUGAUGCAACGCUCAAGCGCUGACUCUGUGGUGGUGCCGGAGGAGGGGUCGGGGGUCACCACAGCGCACACCCCAUCCGAUUGGCUGGAGAGUGAAGAGUUUGAGGCGAUGCCCUCCGAUCCCAUCUUUAUGUCUGCGGACAAGUUCACAAAGACCCCCCCGGCUGGAACGCUAAGCAGGUCGUCCUCAACCUCCAGUCAAGAUGACGAAAAGUCAACGCUGGAGGAAGUGAGCGAGGGAGCGAUUCCAAUCGAUCAGCCCAUCCCGGGACCGUCCACCCCGGGCGGCCAGGGGCCCGAGCUUCCCUUCCAGACCCACACUCAGUCCCCGGGUCAUGGGCUCAACAAGUCCAGCUCCUCUCCGGAGCUCCAGACUUUACCCGAAGCGUUCUCCAAGGCUGCUUUUGAGUCCGAGACUGUGCCAGGAGACGCGUCGCGGCCCAGAGCGCCUUCAGACGCCAAGCCUCGGCAGCCUCCGAUUGAGAAGCAGAAGUCUGAGGGCAGCACGGGAGGAGACGUCAUCGGACCCGGAGGUCAGACUCAGGGCAGUGAAGGGCCGAGCGUCGUGUCGUCUCAAAGUGGAGGAGCAAGGAUGAGAUUAGAGUUCCCAGCAGCACAAGCUGGACCCAUCUCCCCGAGCGGAGGCCAUCGACCCCGAGGUCACACCAUCUCGGUGUCGGCGCCUUCCUCCAGGAGGGAGAGGAGGACGGAGAGGGACUCGUACCACAGUCGCCCUGGAGCCAGCUACACCGAGAAGAUCUCUGGACUGAGCCCCAGCUUCGUGUUCCUCCAGCUCUACCACUCGCCUUUCUUUGGAAACGAAGCCAACAAGCCUGUGCUGCUGCCCAAAACUCAGGUGAUUGACCGCGCUGUGAAGGUCCUGGACCAGAUGCCUCCUUAUGACACCCAUAAGAUUGGCGUGGUGUUUGUAGGAGCUGGUCAGGUCAGCAAUGAGGUCGCCAUCUUGUCCAAUGAAUACGGGUCGAACCGCUACGCCGCCUUCCUCACGGGCUUGGGCAAAUUAAUCCACCUGAAGGACUGCGACCCCGACCAGAUCUUCCUCGGAGGGCUCGACCAGUACGGAGACGACGGAGAGUUCACCUACUGCUGGCAUGAUGACAUCAUGCAGGGCAUCUUCCACAUCGCCACGCUGAUGCCCAACAAGGAGAGCGACAAGGGCUGCUGCAACAAGAAGCGCCACAUCGGCAACGACUUUGUCAUGGUGGUGUACAAUGACUCUGGAGAGGACUACAAACUAGGCACCAUUAAGGGUCAGUUUAACUUUGUGGAAGUCAUUAUAAAACCUCUGGAUUUUGACUGCAACCUGGUCACCCUGCAGGCCCGCAAAGACUUGGAAGCAUUAGUUGACACGACGGUGGCAAAAAUCGUUUCGGACCGCAACCUUCCACUCCUGGUCCGACAGAUGGCUUUGCAUGCAAAUAUGGCCUCUUUGGUGCAUCAAUACAGAGCCAACCCCUCUGAUGCUUACGCCUCCAAGUGGCUGGCGCGGUUACGGCACAUCAAGCGUAUUAGGACGAGGGCCCAGGAGGACAUCCAGGCCCGCUCGACCUCCGGCAUCUCUCUGACCCAAGGACACACUCAGCAGAAGUCGUUUCAGCAGAGCGCUCCGUCACAAAGCCAGGAAGCCUCCGGGCAGAGGAAGAGACUGGUGUCCACAGUGGAUGAUUUCACAGAUUUUGUUUGAAAAAAAAGGAACCACACACACACACACCUCUGCAUAGACCUCCUGACAUGCACAGACCUCAUUAAGAGCAGAGGUGAGUUUUACUCUUCAGACUAAACACAGAUUUGGACUUUAAUCAAUUGAAAAUUUGCAUUGGGGAAAACUUAUGAGCUUCGUGGUAUAAUAACAAUAAAGGCUUAUUUUGUGAUGAAGAUAUUGAUAUGUGAAGACUAAUUUCUGCAUAGACUUCAAAAAGUGCUUCACGCGUUGCACUUUUUCUAUGGUGUUGAGUCGUGAUGUUUCUGACGUGCAGCGUGAGUAAAGUGGUAAAGAACACUACGUUUGAGAGCCAGUGUGUUUGUAACGGUGUGAAAUAAAGUGAACAUGGAAAAAGGUU